AUGGACUCGGCGUCGGUCACACUUGCCGCAAAGGGGGACGAGCUCGAAGGCAUAGCCUCGAAGUUUUUUGGGGGUAUCUUUGCAUUGCUUAAAAACAUCGGCCAGGAUCACCCUACCCAGGACGAUGACGAAUGUAACGAAAAAAAUGAAAGCGUGAAUAUCGGCGAUUAUAACAAGGUACAUCAGCAAGGUAACGGCAACAAUAGCAACAACGAAGGGAAUUUCAACAUCACAUAUCAACGAAAAAGACAACAUUUCAGUACGGUCAUAGGGAACAAAAACACAACUGUUCAGUUCGGUUCCUGCAACAAAAGCCGCAUGAGCCUUGGGGACGAGAAUAUUGCAGGCCAAGCGGGGACGGAAAAUGAUAACGAGACUUUAGGCAACAGGAACGCGACUAUUCAGAUUGGUGAUCGCUAUCGAAGAGGCAUAUCCCCUAAAGGUAGAGAGGAACAGCUAGAUAAGAGCUGUGACAGCAGUAAAGCUUGGGAAUGGGAACAAAAAAUUGGCAGCCUUCGGGAAUCGGUAUUGGGCAACUAGAGAUUUCUUUACUUGACUUUCCUCCUAUGUAAGUACGCCUUUUAUUAACCUUCUUGGUCGUCUUGGUACAAUAUUCGACUAACAAUUAUCAGAAAACCUAUAGAAAACCAUGCAUCCAUAGAGCAAGGACAUGUUGGGUACCUAGAUUACCGAGAGAUCUAUUCGUGCAAGUGUUUCUGUUUCUUAGCAUAGAUAGAUCCUCC